AUGAGCACGUGGCAAGCUCAUAGCGAUCACACUGCCACGAGCCCGCGGUCUACGCUUCCUCCAACUAAGCUGCUAGACACCGAUGCCACUCCACGAAUGUCUCAUCUGCCCACGCCACUGGCUGAAUUCAAGCUGCUUGUCUCCAACGAUCUCCUACGAAAGAAUUCAAACAUAGUCACGUCCGAAGCUGCGCUUAGUCCUUCUAUCGAGCAGCUGGAUGCUGAGACCCUGAAGAUAUCUGCUUACGCCAGACUUGAUUUCGAGAAUUAUACGUUUUUUGUCCAGACGCUUCAGGUGGUGCUAGGGAGAAAAGCCGUCGAGGAUGCAACUCCAUCUCAUCAUGCUGUGGAUGUGCAUUUGUCAUCGAAGAAAGCAAUUUCCAGGCGGCACGCUAAGAUCUUUUACAAUUUCGGUACGCAGAGGUUUGAAAUUUCGAUUUUGGGCCGUAAUGGUGCCUUCGUUGAUGAUCAGUUCGUGGAAACAGGCAUCACUGUGCCUUUAGUUGACAACACAAAAAUACAAAUUGGUGAUAUUCCGUUCACGUUUGUCCUUCCAUCGCUCGAACCACUUGAGACUGGAGAAAAGAAAUCCACGCCUGCGAAGCCUUUCAACCCAAGUGAUGCCAUUAAUCUACGGUCUAAUUUGUACCUGAACCCAGCAUCGCCAAAUAGGAAGAAGUCGCUCACCGAGGAGCAGAAGAAGGCCCGCAGAGACCUGAGAGCAGACAUCGUAAGACGACUUUCUACCGCUAGACGUAAGUCGCUCGCAUCAUCCACUAAUGACGAAAUCAGUGCUCUCCUUAAAGAGCUCGAAGAUAUAGGCGAUGAAGAUGAGAAUGAUAGUCUCGAUAAGGAAGUCAACGAGCUCCUCCGGCAGGGCAACCUUGACAAAGAAGAAGACGAAAUUGACGAGUUGGUCAAACAGCACAAUUUGCUGCAAGGUAUUGGCAUCGAUGAUAAAGAUAAGAAGGAUGUUGAUGUCGAUAUGAGUGUCCUAGAUCAGGAGAUCGCAUCGUUGGCUCCACUUAUAGACGGUCAACAAUCCGACAAGGAUGUAAAUGCCUUUGAUGGCAAACCUGGUGUUUACGGCAGGCACGGAACAACACUUCACACAGCAGACACAGCAGACCACAGAAAUGGUCCUCUCAUGGGUCGUGCUGUUGGUCCACGUAUGGGCAAACCUGCUCAGAUUCAACCUCCUGCUAACAGAGCAUAUGGAAGACAGCCCGUGGGACCUAUGUAUGGAUACACAGCAACAGGUACUUAUCCAACAGGGUAUAAUCCUCCAUAUGGUGCCACAACUGGCUAUGCUCCUGGGGCAAGGAAUUCCAUGUAUCAUCCUAUGAUGAUGCCUACCCGUCCACCACCACCAAAGUUAGAGGUUGAAGUCCAGGAGAUUACUACAGUUCCAGUCAAACCACUGGUGGUUCCAUUCAAGGCAAUUUCCAUGGGAGUGGGCAACAUACAACGUCCACCAAUUUGUGUGUUUAAGACUCUUGAUCCGCCGCUGAACAAACCGAAAAUUCCUCUUAGGCGUAAGGACGCUCCAAGCAUCAAGAAACCAAAGUCCCAGGGUAACAAGGAUGUUCCUGAACAGUAUAAGUCGAAGCCAACCGUCAGUGUCACUGCAAUGAUAUCAAGCGUUCUUAGGGGUCCAAAUCCACGGAAAUCAGGUUUCACUGCAAACGAAAUUUGCGAGGGUAUCAAAGAGUUCUAUCCUUACUAUCAGUAUUGUCCUGAUGGAUGGCAGUCAAUGGUGACCCAUAAUUUAAAGACACAUAAGAUGUUCAAGCGUGAGUUUAAAGCUGGUCUCGAAUCCGAACAUUUGUGGAUAAUAGACGAGGAGUUCUUGGCUGAAAAGGAGAGAGUACGGAAGAAGCAGCAAGAAGUUGCCAUGGCAAAGGCUAAAGAAGCAGCAUUGAAGGCAGUGGAGCUCCGUCUGAAACAGCUGACUCCUCAGUAUGGAUCAGUGGGCAGGCCUUUUAUGACGCCCUACGCUUCUUCUUUCGGCCAACCCCGGUAUCCUACUUCUCGUGAUCUGUCACCAAAUGGAGUUGCUGGACAGAAACCGAAGUCUAUUGCGGAACUUGCUAGUGAAAUAAAGAGGGACUCGCCUGGUGCAUUGACCCAGCCAUCUUAUUUGCAACGUCUGAGCCUUUCGCCUCCACUGGCCGGAGGUACAGAGCAGGGCAAUAACAUCAAAAACCAGCUCGCAGCUAACAGGUCUAAUAGUUCUUCAAAUGUUUCUAAUGCGGAUGUUAAAACUGAAAGAGGAUCUCCCACACCUCAACCAGUGGCUGCUGCCGCCGCUGCAGUGUCCGCUACGACCACAUCAGGUCCUGUUUCGAAGCUGUUGCCAAUGAACGCUGACACUAAAAAAUCGCUUGCAUAUCUUCAGAAGGAGCUUUUCACGUUGUACAAAGCAAGAAAACUUUCCUACAAUACAGCCACCACUACCAACAUUAUCACCAAGGCAUUGGCUACCACAAUCGCACAGGUGAACACCAUUGGAGCAAAGGCUGGAUGUGGUGAUAAUGCAUUGAGCUUUUUGGUGGAGAAGGCUCCUCAACAAGUGAGCAAGAUUUUGGAUAUUGCAUUGACUAAAUCAAUCAAAGAACUCGAAGGUAAACUGUCCAAUCCUGCCAGCAAGGAGUCUACACCGGUUCCAGCUACAGCAUCGCCUACUCCUCUGGCUGCUGGUGCCUCACAGAAAAGUUCAAUCAAUGUUGAAGCUAGCAACGACAAACCGGCCUCCAGACCAAAUACUCCAAGUUCGCCUGCCGGAGGCACCCCUAAACCAAGCUAUUCAGGUGGGUUGAGCCGGCCACACUUCAGUGGAAUGGCAAGACAGCAGAAUCUCAGUAAGCCUGGUGCGUUGCUGAAGGGUCCUCUGUUCUUGUCUAACAAGCCAAGACAAGAGAAGAGACCUGCCGAGGAGACUGGCGAGGACCCUCUGAAGUCGAUCAAAUUAGAAUAG